GCUGUGACAUGCUGCGAGGUUCGUGAAGUUAUCGUCGCGAGCUCUUCAACACAUGUAGAAGUAAACAUUUAUUUGAUAAUGUUGAUGAUGAGAGAAAAGUAAGUUUUAGAACACUGUAGAGGUAAUAACUAGUUCUAACAGGGUGUUGAACUUGUCGGCAGUGUUUGAAGUUGAAUACAAGGUGAAGAUCUUGUUGUGAUGUUAACCACGCCUCGCUUUGGGCUGAUUCCAGACGCACCUUUCACCAACAGUUACACCUCUGAUGUUUAAGCUUCUUAAAGAUCGUGUAUAUUUAUAAAUCUUGAUUUACAAAGUUCUGAAACUCAGCAGGGGGGUGUACAUUCUUUCGUGUGUAGUUUAAGCAGGGAUGAAGGAAUUGAAAAAGUUUCCUCAAAUAGCGGAGGAAUCGGAGGAGACACUUCUAAACUUGAGGGAGGAAGAUGAAAAGUCAGAAAAUACGUCAUCGCAAGGCGAAUCAGACUCCACAAGUUCUUUCAGUUCUUCGACAAAAAGCUUUGUGGACAAUCAGUCUCUCGUUGUUCCCAAAAUUUUAACAGUGGAUUUUGACAAGAUGUCGCUCUCAGCUGAAGGGGACUCUAACACCAGAAACCGUAUGCGUUCUCUCUCUGGUGGCACUUCAAAGAUGUCUAACACCAGCCGAUCAAGAAGAAUUUCUGGUGAUGAUGUUACUGCAGGGGGUGGUCCUUCUAGGAAGACAAACAUUUUUGAUUCAUUUCGACCACGUUCUAAAUCCGACAGCAAAAGAAAUAGACCGACUUUUAUAUCUACCUUAAGAACAUCUGUCCAACAUACACUCUCUUCCCCGACUUCUGGUGGCAGUGGAGGAAACUCUCCGAAGUCUCCAGUUCAUUCUCUACCUCCAAUUUACUGCAGCCCCAGUAUGUUCAACCCUUCCAACCAAGCAGAUUCCUCAGAUUUUAAGCGACCAAGAUCGGGGUCCGAAAGUAAGUCUGGACCCGUGUCGAAGAUGAUGGGAAUGAUUCGAAAUCGAUCUCAUUCAGUUUCAGCAGAAACUGCAGCAAAAAGAUUUGGAUCAAGCUUCGGAGCUCAGUCGGCAGGUGCCUUCUUAAGGCGGCAGUUAGGUGACCCGGAAAAAAGACGAACUUCUAUAGGUCAUCGAUCGUUUGAAGGAUGUGAUCAUCAUAGAGCCUUAAUUCACAGGAGUGACUCUAAAGGGCUUCCAACAGAUCCACUGUGUGAGAGGAUUGAUAUUGAAGAAUUGGGAGAGAAUGAGGAUCUAACUUUUGUCAAGUUUUUCCAACAUUUCCGUUGUUACGACAUCAUUCCCAUAAGUGCAAAAUUGGUUGUGUUUGAUACUCAACUAUUGGUGAAAAAAGCCUUUUUUGCCCUAGUUCACAAUGGAGUUAGAGCAGCACCUUUGUGGGACAGCACAAGACAGGAAUUUGUUGGAAUGUUAACAAUCACUGACUUCAUUCACAUUUUAAGAACCUAUUACAAGUCACCACUGGUUCAUAUGGAAGAACUAGAAGAACACAAAUUAGAGACUUGGAGAAAUGUCUUGAAGACCAAGAUCAAGCCAUUAGUUAGUAUUGGACCUGAUUUUUCUGAGCUUCCAAAACCAAGCUACCUGAAAAAAACUCUGAGGGAACUAAAAGUUGGAACUUUUGAUAAUAUUGCCACAAUCAAAGUGAGCACUCCAGUUAUUCUGGCAUUGAACCAGUUCAUAGAGAGACGGGUCUCAGCUUUACCUGUAGAGGAUGAACAGGGGAAAGUGGUGGAUAUAUAUGCAAAGUUUGAUGUUAUUAAUCUGGCUGCUGAGAAGACUUACAAUAAUUUGGACGUUACUGUAAAGAAGGCACUGGAACACAGAGUUCAGUGGUUUGAAGGAGUAUUAAAGUGUAAAUUAGAUGAUACACUUGAAGCUGUACUGGAAAGGAUAGUACAAGCUGAGGUUCACAGAUUGGUGGUUGUUGACCCUAGUGAUCAUGUUGUGGGUGUGAUUUCUCUAUCUGACAUUCUAAAAUUUCUUGUACUCCAACCAGCAGGUGAAGAUAAACCAACGAAAGAUGAAUACCCAUUCAAGAAAGGUUCCUCAACACACGAAGAACCAAGUCCUAAUGAGUAGAAUGUUCAAGAUUUGAGAAAUUAAGACAACAGUUUUCUUUAAUUGUGAAAAUUUGUUUCUUAAAGUGAAAUUUAUGAUGGCUUUGCCAAUGCAUUGUUCAUGAAAAAUGUUAGUCAUUGUGAAUUAAAGGGUACCAUUGGGCAAAUUUA